AUGUCGCUGUGGUUGGAACGCUGUACAACUGGUUAUUUCCAGCUUUUCGGCCUGGCUUGCGGCUGGAGUGGCAGUCGUCUGGGCCGCCUUUUGGGCAGCACUUUCCUGCUGAUAAUACUAAUCGAGCUGGCCAACGAAAUAGUCAAUUACUUCAAGGGGGCUCUGCCGCAUGGCGAGCCCCUGUCCACGUACUUUGUGAAAACCAUCCAGACCGUAAACGUGGCCUACAAGAUGGUUCAUUCGUGGAUCGUCCUAACGGCGCUGUUCGAGUGUAAGCGGUUUCGCCGUCUGCUGGAGCAACUGCCUCUGGUCAGGAGCACUUCCUUCAUAUACAGGCACCUAGUCCUGGAGCUUGUGCUGGCUGGUUGGGGCCUGAACCUAAUCCUGGUUGAGUACAACACGGGCGGCCUGUAUCUGGAGAGCCUGCAGUUUGCCUUCAGCCUUCAGGCAGUUCGGGCUCGCUACCUGCAGGUGACGCUAAUGGUGGACCGCUUGGAUGGCCAGCUGGAGCAACUGCAUCACCGAGUGGUAACCCGGGCAACGGACUACAAAACUCUCAGAUGCGAGUAUGCCCAUCUGGCCAAGUUGUCGCGUUCGCUGUCGCGUCUCUAUGGCCUCUCGUUGCUCCAGCUGAAUAUCCUUUGCCUGGGCGACUGCAUAAUCCUCUGCAACGUGUACUUCAUGGUGGAAUAUCUAAAGACAAUGCCCGGCACCUGGUUCGUCUUCGCCCAGACCACGUACAUUGUGCUGCCCACUCUCGUCAAGAUAUCGACCUUGUGCGCUGCCUGCCAACGCUGUGUGGCAAAGUCCAAACACUUGCAGGAGCAACUCAAAGACCGGCCCGGACAAACAAGCUCAGAUAGAUCUCAAAUCGAGGGAUUCGCCCUGCAAGUCAUGCAGGAUCCCAUACAGUUCGACGUCUGUGGAAUUUAUCACCUCAACCUGCAGACUUUGGCUGGAAUGUUCUUCUUCAUUCUGGAGGCCCUGGUUAUAUUCCUGCAGUUCGUGUCCCUCGUGCGGCCGUAGGCCACGGACUAAUAAAUCUUGGG